AAUGCAUCAAUAAUGUCAAUCUCUAAAUGCCACAUUAAACGGUUGCCACAGUAUAACUUCCAUUCUAAUCUCAGAGUGGGUAGAGAAGGCUUUCGAGGAACGGCUCCAAUCUGCAUGCUGUCUGAAAUAGACUGCUCGCUGUGGGGUAAAAUGUGUCUGACGUGCAUGGUGGACGAGUAAAGGAGUGCAAAAGCGAUCAUGUGAGUGCUCAGGGUGUACCAACCAAGCUCGGAAUGAAUUGGAAUGGGACAGCCUUUGAGACCAUGAACACACAGUCAUAUGACGAACCAAGAACACAGCACGCAGGGGCGUCGCGCGAGGAAACUGUCAUCAUCACCCACUGCUGAGUGGAGAGGAGAGCGCAGCGCAUCAAUGCCACCAGGUGGUCUCGCUCACGUCGCUUGGAGUCUGGACUACACUACGCUGGCAUCGUCUCGUCGUCGGCCUAAUAGCCGUUGAGAGAAGAAUGCAAGAAUGGCGGAGGACGACGCCGAGCUGAUCAGGGCAGCGUUGCAACGAGACCAGCGACUCCUGCAAAGCUCGUCUUGCGGGUGCACCGCGAUGGAUGGAGCGACCAUGGAGGAAAAAGGAGAGGAUCUAUCUCUGGAGGCGAUUCUAGCGCUGUACAACCAGCCCAUCAAUGAGGAGCAGGCAUGGGCAGUUUGCUACCAGUGCUGCAGCACGCUGGCGAGGGGACCAGGGAGGAGGACCUCCGCGGCGGGUCUCGGGACAGCGUCCGUGGUGCACCGUGCGCGGAAGAUCCAGGGACUCGGGGACGUGAUCAUCCAGAGAGACGGAUUGGUUCGCUUCCGAUACGACGAGGAUUCACAAGCUAAAUCCAUCCCCUGCAGAUCAACAGAGGUGAUCGAGUCCCUGGGCAUCAUGGUGUACAACGCCCUGGACUACGGCCUGAAGGAGACGGAGGAGCGGGAGCUGAGCGCGCCGCUGGAGCAGCUCAUCAACCACAUGAUCAACAUGGCGGAGGCCGAGAAGGACGCCUGCUACGACGAAGGCUACGAGGCCACCGAGGAAGACGAGGAGGCAGAGGAUGAGCCCGGGUGCGCCCCCGGCACCAGAUGUUACAGGGACCUGCUCAAGAUCUGCACGUCCCACCUUCCCGGCCAAUCAGAUGCUCCUAUUCACUACCAGGCGGUGUGCCGCGCUCUUUACUCAGAGACCAAGGAGCUCCGCACCUUCUUGGAGAAGAUAAGGAGUGCCAAAGAGAACCUGAGGAAGAUGGAGGGGGACUCAUCAGGGGAAACUGGCAGGGACCUGGAUGAGCUGCAGAACUCUGACUGGGCACGCUGCUGGGUGCAGGUGAUGCGCGGCCUACGGGACGGGGUGAAGCUGAAGAAGGUGCACGAGCGGCGGUACGACCCGCUGCCCAUCGAGUACCAGCUGACGCCCUACGAGAUGCUGAUGGACGACAUCCGCUCCCAGCGCUUCAAGCUGCGCAAGGUCAUGGUGAACGGGGACAUCCCCCCCAAGUUAAAGAAGAGUGCCCACGAGGUCAUCCUGGACUUCAUCCGGUCCAGACCGCCUUUGAACCCCGCAUCAGCCCGUAAGCUGAAGCCCCAGGCCCAGGCCCCGCCCACCCUCCAUGAACGCAUCCUGGAGGAAAUAAAGGCAGAGAGGAAACUCCGCCCAGUGUCUCCAGAUAUGAUCCGCAGGGGCAGGCUGGUCAGGCGGCCUCUUAGCAUGUCUUUCAGUUUUGAUGCGGCAGACGACUUCAGUCCAUACAUGGGCCGCAGGUCAUCCAGCACGCUGUCGCUGCUCAACGCCGUGUCGGACUCCUCCCGCCUGGACGCGGCCGGGUCGCAGUCGGUCCCCCAGAGGAAACGGCUCCUCAAGGCCCCCAGCCUCGCAGAGCUGGACAGCUCCGACUCGGAUGAGGAGGCCUGGGGCCGGAGGUCCGCCAGCAGCUCCAGCAUGGCAACGUCCGUGAUGGACGACACGUCCCCGGAGAUGGCGCUGGGCAAUAAAACUCCCCCCAUGUUCCUGCCCAUCUCGUCCACGCCCCAGCCAGAGCGGAGGAAGCAGCCCCAGCAUAGGAGGCACUCCAUCGAGAAGGAGACCCCCACCAACGUCAGGUUAUUCCAGCCCCCCACCAAGAAGAACUCCAAGUCCCUGGAGGAGUUCUGCUUCCCAGUGGAGUGUCUGUCCCUAACGGUGGAGGAGGUGAUGCACAUCAGACAGGUGCUGGUCAAGGCAGAGCUGGAGAAGUUCCAGCAGUACAAGGACGUCUACAACGCCAUGAAGAAGGGAAAGCUUUGCUUCUGUUGUCGGACAAAAAGGUUUUCCUUCUUCACCUGGUCCUACACCUGUCAGUUUUGCAAGCGGCCUGUGUGCUCAAACUGUUGUAAAAAGAUGCGGCUGCCGUCCAAGCCGUACUCCAGCCUGCCCAUCUACUCCAUCGGUUCCACCAACACCCUUCCCAGGGACAGGCUGGAGGCCAUGGCCGGCGUCGCUAAAUCCAUGCCCGUAGCCGACGGGGCGGGGCCAUCGGGGGCGCCCCCGCCCGCCACCGCCUCCACCUCCGCAUCGGCGAAGGGCCCCCCCUCCGCGGGGAUGAAGGGCUCCAGGCUGGGCAGAGGGAGAGCGGGGGCCUCGCCCGAGAAGACCUCCCAGGGCCAAUCGCGCCACAGCCUUCAGAAGACCAUGUCAAAGUUGUCCAAACACGGGUCCCUCAAAACCAGCGAUGACCUGGAGCUUCCUCCUGAGUUGACCGAGGACUGGGCCACCAUGGAGGUCUGUGUGGACUGCAAGAAGUUCAUCCACGACAUCAUCUCCUCCAGCAAGCACAGCCUGUCGCUGGCCACCAAGCGGGCGCGUCUAAAGCGCAAGACCCAGUCCUUCUACCUGUCCUCCCCCAAGGGCCGCGAGGAAUACCGACCCUCGGAACGGACAAUCAACGAGAUCUAGGGCUUGUUCUUUCCGUCGGUUUGUCUUUCUUUCUCUUCUCUCAUUGUUUGUCAUAGUUUCUUUCUCUCUCUUCUUUCUUGCCUCAUUUCAUUCUUUAAUGUCUUGCUUUCUAUCUUUCAUUCUCUUUAUUUUGUUUGCCUUACUCUUGGUCUCGGUUGACGUCUCUCUCUUGCUCUCGCUCGCUCUCUCUCUCACAAGCACACUUCUCUUCCAGAUAGGUUGGUGGGUCACCUUGUCCCUGAAAACGUGUGAAGUGGUGUGCUGUCGGCUGUGUGGUGUCCUGAUUUUAGAGGUGUGGCUCCCUCCUGGAUCAAAUCACCCUCACUAUUUGUGGAUAUAUACGUGGAUUUUGGAGGCUAUUUAAUUUAAUUUCUGAAGAGUUUCAACAAAAGUGAAAGGUUUUCUUCUGUUACCAAUGGUCACAAUAAGGUUGUCUUCCCUGGACUAAUAUCCAUCAUCAAAUGAAUACAUGGAAUUAAGGUCAUUUACAGAUGAGCACAAGAAAAAAAGGAAAAGACUGAAGUGCAUUUGAAUUCCUCAAGCAAGGGAAACACAAGCGGACCCAAAAGCCAGGACAAAACAUGUAAUGGCCUCAGAGUUAUAUUUAUUUACCUUAUUCUGCGGCUGAACAGAUGAUGACAAUGAUGAUAAAUGUUAAUCUGUAAAUCUUUUUUAUGAGUUAUAAUUUUGUAUUGCAUAUAUAUAAAGUACGUAAAGUAUGUGAGGUCGGUCCACACCGGAAAGUUAAAAAACAAAGUAGUUUAACUUUGCUGAUCACACUUAUUGAUGUAUUUUGUGGGUCAGUCUGUUAUUACUAGGACUAUAUGAAAGUCUCCAUUAAGGACUUCUUGAAUUGCUUUAGAAUCAAAUUGUGGGAAGCCCUUUUUUGUCCUCUCUUAAACUCCAGAUUUAGUGCCAAAUGAAUCUACAACACCCCGUAAUUAGUAUGCAACCAAAAUAUGUAUUGUUGUGUGCCCAGUGUAAAUAAAGUGUAUGAUUUUGCAAUAACAUACAGAGGCAUAUCCAUCUGGCACAUUUUAAAGCACAUUUACUACACAUACCAUGAUAAUAAUUUUUAGUAGAAAGCAUAUGACCAUUCUUUGUUAACUUUCAAUGCCAAACACAGGAAACUAGUUUUCUUCAUUCAGAUGUCCCCACCAUUUCCUAUAACUUGAACAAGUAGAACAGUGUUUCUGUCAAGCUUGUGGUCUCUAGCGCGUUGCCAUUGCUAGAUAUAAUGCCUUUAAGUUAUCAAUUGGAUAUUUUUAUAUUGAAUAUCAUUUAUGGAAAUAAUUCCUAGAUGUUAUUGUCAAACAACUAUUUCUGAUUAAUAUAAGAGUGAACAUCAAUCGUAUUUCCUGUAGUUGUAUUAUUUAAAUAUAAAUGAAUGCACUGUACAGUUUCACUAAACCUGUGCAUUGUAAACGCAGCAUAGAAUGCAAUACUACAACCUGUACUGUUUGACAUAUAAUGUUGACGUGAGAAAGGAUUGGAUAUUAAUCAUGAUUUAAAGUGUCAUUAUUGUUCCCCAACAUGACAUAACAUAACCCUUCAUAUUUAUGUAGUACCCCUGUGAUAAAGCAUAUUUGUCAAAAACAAAUACAGGUAACAUCACAUGUUCUUUCUGCCGUCAUUGCUAUUUUUCCAUCCAAGAUAGUUUUCCCCCCCAAUAUUUCUGCCUUAAAAUCAUCCACCUUGUGUGGUCACACCUGUUACUAUCAUUUUGAACGGCUCCGUCUACUGUAACUGUAAGUACUUUGUUUACUACUGUAUGUAGAUCAGGUCUGUGUUUGUUGCCUUGGCGGUAUGUUGACAGGAUGUGACCCACUCUAAUGAGAGAGCGAUAGUGAGAGAAUAAGGGUGGGUGCGAUCCCAGGACUAUAAAACCUUUAUAAACUGUCAACGUGACGGUUGAGAUGACUCUGGAUGAUGCUGGAUGCUGGUGGAAGACAUCAUGCAUGUGAGGUUCCUUUAAGCUGUAACUCACUGCGGACAAUUCUAUUCAAGAUGACCAAGUCAAUAAACUAUGUGAUGCAAUA